AUGUCACCCUCUCCCUAUGUCGCCCUGUCUGUCUUGGCACUAACAGAUGUUGUCUAUACGCCAGGUCAGGUACAGAGCCGGAAAUGCAUUGAGGAUGUGAUUCGUUUUGCAGCAGAAGAGAACCUGUUUCUUAUGGCCGAUGAGGUAUAUCAGGAUAACGUCUAUGCCAAGGGUUGCGCCUUCCACUCCUUCAAGAAGGUUCUGUUUGAGAUGGGACCCAAGUACUCGGACGUGGUGGAGAUGGCUUCCUUUCACUCCACAUCUAAAGGUUACAUGGGCGAGUGUGGCUUCCGAGGGGGAUACAUGGAGGUCAUCAAUAUGGACCCAGAAGUUAAACAGCAGCUGACCAAACUGGUCUCUGUACGUCUGUGCCCCCCCGUCCCGGGACAAGCCCUCCUGGAUGUGGUCAUGAACCCGCCUCAGCCCGGAGAUCCUUCCUACAAGCAGUUUCUUGCGGAGAAACAAGCUGUGCUGGGGAAUCUGGCCGAGAAGGCUCGGCUCACAGAAGAAGUCUUAAACCAGGCCCCAGGUAUCCAGUGUAAUCCCGUCCAGGGAGCCAUGUACUCCUUCCCGAAGAUUGAGAUCCCUGAGAAGGCCAUCAAGCUUGCGCAGGCUGAAGGUCAGGCCCCAGACAUGUUCUUCUGUAUGAAGCUGCUGGAAGAAACUGGAAUCUGUGUGGUGCCGGGGAGUGGUUUUGGCCAACGUGAGGGGACCCACCACUUCAGGAUGACCAUCCUCCCCCCUAUUGAGAAGCUGAAGAGCCUCUUGGAGCGGCUGAAGGAUUUCCAUCAGAAAUUCACCCGUGAAUACUCCUAGGAGGUGACAUAGCAGUGGUGACCUUGGAUGAUGACUUGGGGGGGAAUCAUGUAGGUGGAAUCUUAGUUCUCGAUAAUCCAGGAAACAUCGCACUUUCUAUAUUGGGCAUUGCCAAGAGUAUUAUAUGUGCCAAAUUUAGCCCAGUGAGUAUAUAGGUCCCCAGUUUCCCCAGAACAUGCUCUGUGCCACUUUCCUACCUUGGGGGGGGCUUCAGGUUUUUUAAUGCUGUCCCUCAUUGUUAACGGGAGGGACCUGGUCCGAUAUUUAUUUCAAGCCAUUUUAAAGCAUAAUUUACUGUACUAUAUGCUGGGCCAGACUAUGCUUUGUAAUUCUUCCCUGCACGCCCAACAUGAUUGCAAGCACCGUGACAAGCACCCUCCCUGUAAUCAUCCAUACCCUGCCAUAUGUUACAUGACAGGUAAAGAAAUAAUAGGUUGUACUAUAGAGCUACUCUAGGCGGCUCUAGAUCCUCUAUAACUGCUGCUUCUGAUGCUGCAUCGACGUCUUAAUUUCUGCUCCACUAUUUGGGUUGUGGGUCUUCUGGGGCCCACUCAGGUUUGGGUGGUGGAGAUAUGUUGGUUGUAGCUGAGCCUCCACAGUUUCUGCCACUCCAUAGGAGCCUUCGUGGACAGGAGAACCGAUCUGUCUGAUUUGCCCUCUGCUCAGUGGGUAAAACCCUGGUAUGCUGCUAUGCAGAAUGUGAUGGCCUCAGAUACCCACUCUAGGACAAGGGGCUGCUGUUUUUGUUAGGGGCGGAUUUGUGCAUGGCUAGAACAGUCUGCCGCCACACUUAUCAGGGCGCCAGCUUCCAUUGUAUGCCUUAUCCCAAUGUAACCUCCUCCAGGUGACCCAGUAAGACGGGCUUUCUAGAUGUGCUCUGUACCUCAAUGUAUCAGGCUUACAUUGCGGAGAACCAAGUGUCAGCUCUGCUGUUCAGUCUCUUGAUGUAAAAGGAUAAUUUUAUGUACUGUACAGAUACGGAAGAUUUGCUCCCGAUUAUGGAAAGGGCUAAUAUAAGUGUCUUAAAUUUUAUCAAUAAAACGUAUUGUAAUAAAGUUAAA